AUGACCAAGGAAAAAUAUAGCACUGUUUGGGAUACCAAAUUACAACAGUUUCAUGGUGGUCAGGACUGGAAAUAUUUGAAUAAUUUUAUAGAAGAUUUCUCGGUAACGACCAAUGCUUUAGGAACACCUAAAACUGCAUUAGAGGCAUCUAUAGAAGCUUUGAUUUGCGUUUGUCAGUGUUUUACUUGCCAUCAUUACCCAUCAGCGGAUCAAGAGCCAGCGAAAACGUCACUUGCACAAUUCCUUUGGCCAGAUGAUUAUGCAAAACAUUCUGAUAGAUUGCUUCUUGGAAAUGGUGCGAGUGAAUUAAUUGAUUUGGUUAUAAGGUCUGCACCUAAUGGUACAUGGAAACCAGGGCCGUGGGAUGUUCAAUAUAAAGAAUAUCAACGAUCAGCAGAAAACAAUGGACUAAUUAUUCUAAGCCCCAAUGAUACCACGCGUGCAACACUUUCAUGUAUUGUUAAUCCUUGCAACCCUACUGGUGAUUAUAAAAAUGUUGCAGAAAUGAAAAAAUGGAUUCUUGAUAAUGUAGAAGAAGGGGGUGUGAUUAUAGUUGGUAUGGUAUUCUCUUUAUAUUCAUUUUUCAUUAACGUAAUAUUUUUAAUUAACAUAACCGAAUAUUCAAAAGAUGAGUCGAUGCAACCCUGGCUAUCUUCAGACUUUCGAUCCGAUUCCCUAAUUUCUCAACAUGAUUUUAUAUUCACACUUUACAAGACCAAGAAUAUAUCACUUUAUAUAAUUCAUUCAUGGACAAAAUUCUGGUCUUGCACUGGAUUACGUCUUGGCUCUGUAGUGUGUCCUACUUCAAAGCAUUUUGACGCAUUGAAAAGAAUUCAAGUCCCUUGGAGUGUAAAUUCGCCAGCGCUUGCAUUUCUGAAUACAGUAGUCAGGGAUCAUGGUUUUAUGGAUCGCACGUGGAAGCUUACAUCAAAAUGGCGAGCUGAGUUAAUCGAUAGGUUGAAGGUUAUUUCAAAUUCUAUUGUGAUGUUUCAUAAAGAUCCAAUGUUUGCUUGGGAAUUUUAUGGAAGCGACUUUUUAUCAUGGGUUUGGAUUGAUAUGAAAACCGCUAAUAUUGUAGAGGAUGCAGUAGAUAAAGCUAAAGCUGCCGGUGUACCAGUUAGGAGUGGAAAACCUGGGUAUAAUAGACCAACCUAUGUUAGAGUGGCGGUCCGGGAGCCUUCAAAAGUUGAUUUUCUGGUUCGAGCCUGGAAACAUCUUGGAACUCAAUGA